AUGGCACCAUAUCUAGAUGAUAGGCCUUUGGGAUCCGUCGACGAGGCGCUCGAGACACCACUCAAAGCGAAGCCGAACCUAGUCGCACCCGAGCCAGAACAUUGUCCAGGUCCAGAAUCUGAGCAAGCCGGUCAAGGCGAUGCUUGCGCAGGAUGUCCUAACCAGCAAAUAUGUCAAUCUGCGCCUAAAGGUCCCGAUCCAGACAUUCCCAUAAUCACCGAACGUCUCGCCGGCAUCAAACACAAGAUCCUAGUGCUCUCAGGAAAAGGAGGUGUUGGAAAAUCCACUUUCUCUUCUCUUCUCUCCCAUGCUUUCGCGGCAGACCCCGACUCAACAGUAGGCAUCAUGGAUACUGAUAUUUGCGGACCCUCCAUUCCUAAAAUGAUGGGAGUGGAGAACGAAAAAAUACAUAUCAGCAAUGCUGGUUGGAGUCCUGUAUGGGUAACGGACAACCUGGGCGUUAUGAGCGUUCAGUUCAUGCUCCCAAACCGCGACGAUGCUGUAAUAUGGAGAGGACCGAAGAAGAAUGGGUUGAUAAAGCAAUUCCUGAAAGAUGUGGAAUGGGGUGAACUCGACUACCUGAUUGUAGAUACUCCUCCCGGUACAUCGGAUGAGCACCUAUCAGUCAACUCAUUUCUGAAAGAGUCGGGUGUGGAUGGCGCAGUCGUUGUUACAACUCCGCAAGAGGUAUCUCUACUGGAUGUGCGGAAAGAGAUUGAUUUUUGCAGGAAAGCAGGAAUUCGAGUUCUGGGCCUUGUCGAGAACAUGUCCGGCUUUGUGUGUCCUAAAUGCACACACAAGUCUCAGAUUUUCAAGGCAACAACAGGAGGGGGAAGACAGCUAUGCGAAGAUAUGAACAUCCCCUUUCUGGGUGCUGUUCCUCUUGAUCCACGAAUAGGUAUGUCGUGUGAUGAAGGUGAAAGCUUCAUGGACGCCUAUCCAGACAGCCCAGCAGUUGAAGCUCUGGAGCACGUCGUACAGUCUGUUCGAAAACUUGUGCACGAAACUUGA